CCAUUCCCAAACCCAUUUUGCCGUUUCCUCCAAAUCGAUGUUUCCUCUUGCAAGGAAAUAGGACAUACAAUUUUGGGGGAAUUGAUUAUUAGUGAAAUUGAUUCUGGAGUUGGAGGUUCAUUUUCUCUACAAUAAUAAUGUCAAAUUAUGAUGACAAUGUGGACUUUAACUAUGAGAAUAUUGACUUGGACAAUGUAAACCAAUCACAGCUUCGCAACAAUGUGGCUUUUGAUGAUAGUGAAACACAAGAUGUAGGAGGUCUGUAUAUUGCUCAAGUUGAAGUCAAUAAAAAUGUAGAAACCAAUGUAAGUUGUACGAAAAAGUCUAGAGGAUCAAAUAUUAUUCAUCGGGGAGAAGAUGGAGUCAGAGAAAGAAUCAAGUGGGACAAGUUUGGAGCGCCUUUGUGGCCGAGAAAGAAGUGUGCUCAAUUCUCAAAUUUUGUUGGGUCUUUAGCUGCUGAUGGUGGGUUCUAUCCUGUCAGUAUUACUGAUUGGCAUCACUUGAAAAGUGAGAGUCAUAAAAAGGCAAGGGAACGGGUGAAGGGCACUAUUGAUUGGGCAAAUCCACAUACGGCUUCUAGGAGAUCUGCAAUAAAAAGCUACAUUUUUAAGAGGCUUCAGGACUGUUGGAAGCAUCACAAGUCACACUUGAAGCAGAAAUAUUGGCUACCGAAUCAAGGGAAAGCUGAACGAUGUAAUUGCAAUCUUGAAUUUGUGCAUAAAAUUCAGUGGAAGGAGUUUGUUGAAUAUUUGGAUGAGGAAGAUACUCACGUAAUGGAAAUACUUGUCAAAGUAAUGUGAGCUAUUAAUAUGUGUUUUGAACUCAAAUUCUAAUUAACAUAUUAAUUAGUUGUCAUUUUUGACAGACGAAGGCUGCCAUAAAUGUUAGUAAUCAUUCUC